AUGGAAGAAAAUAAACUCGAUACCAUUGACGUGUCUGAGAAGGCUUCAGAUACGUGGUCUUAUCACCUACGAGAAGCUUUCAAAGCCACAUUGUUUGAAGAAUCAGCCAAGGUAGUAAAAGCAUGGUUUGUGGGAGCCAACAUUCCUGGUAAGACUAUUGAUCCUUUGUUUUACUUUGGCGGGGUUCCGACCUGGGCUUCGUGGCUCGACAAAGAGACCAAGACAGGAUGGGAAAGCAUGAAGUUUUCGCCUUCCGUGGCUACUGACGUCGAAGGGUAA